GCUAAUGCCGACAAAGCAAGCAAGUUAACGCAAAGAGGCCAUGUGCAUUCUGCUUGGAACCUCUCGAGACUCAUCCUUUCCAAUCAGGUUCUACCUCAUAGGUUGCAUGUAAUAGAAGAUAGACCGUUUCGACACGUGAGAAAGACCGCCGACACUAACCGACCCGUUACGUUCGAAGCUCAAACCAGAAGCGACCAAACCAAUGGUGAUAGGUGUAGCCAUGCAUGGCGGCCAACGCCACACCCGUUGGUGAAAGUUGGCGCGUUUGAUACUUUUAUUAUCGGUCAGGCAGACAAGGGUACGUAUCUGACAUGUGUUCCACCGCCCACAUGUCCCCCACCUUUAAGCCUCUCAACAAUUACUUACCGUACACUUACACGUGCCACAUUCUCCUUUCUCCUUGCUCUAUUAUGCCUUUCUCCAAUUGGCAGGCUCUUCGCCGUUAAAAUCAACCCCGGAGACCCAAUUUAAUCAGCUCUACUUCUAAUACUUUUUCAGUUUUCUCUUCACCGUUUUUUAGCAUAACAUAGAAGGAAACUGAGGUGGGAGCACUUUCAAUUUCAGGCUUUCACCAUGAUUAUGACACUGCAUCCUUACUCAAAUACUGCAAAGACGGUUGAAAUUAUGUCGAGGUACAGACCCAUUGCGCCAAAGCCAGAGGUGCCGGACAGACUGAUGAAUAAUGAUAACUCAUCCAUGUCUCAGAAAAUCAAGCAAUCGCCAUAUCUGAGGAACCUCUGGCAACAGCUUCAAGCUAGGCCUACUAGGACAAGGAAGAGAGGUAGGACUACUUUACCACCAACCACUCUCAAGAGACCGAGGAUACAUGUCUUUGGGCUUUCUUCUCCUAGUCCUGUGGAAUCACCUGCUAAAAAUCUCUCCUUGCAAGGUUUUGCUCAUGGGCUUCCUCGGCUUUCUAUCUCUGUUCCUAACCUUGCAGCGACUGUGACUGGCAGUGGUGGCGGCUUAGACACUACUAGAGCAACGUCAAGUUUGGUGACGCUUCCCCUUCCUCCAUGUUCCCCAGCUGUUCCUGUUGCCAAGCAAGCGACAGCUCCUGAGCCCAAUUGCUUGGAGUCCCCUGGAGAAGGAAACAAGAUAGAUUUGAACAGAGUGGUGGAGUUGCCUGAAGAGAAAGACCUGUUGCUCCAACUGCGAGGUCCUACACUGAGCAGCAGCGUUAUAGCACCCCAGCCUGUUCGACCUGUGGGCUCUAGCAUUAGCGUUCGGUGCAUCAGCGAGGACCCAGGUCUGACCCUUCAUGUGCAAUUUACCGAGAGACCAGAGGAGGUGGAGGAGGAGGUUGAGUCUGAUACCUUGCCAGCAGUGAUAUCUGAUUCUAACAACAAGGAAAGGCUGGCAAAUUCUGCUUACAAGGAGAUUAUUGGACAGCCAGAAUGUCCGUGGCUGAAUUCCAUGGUAACUACCGAUGGAAAAAUGGGAAGGCACUCAUGCGAUAGGAUCUCUAGGGAGAUAAUGCUCCAUCUUUCUGAUUCAAGAGUACCUGUUUCAUCAAAUGGGUUUUCAUGUUGGGUGAGAAUAAAGUGGAGAAGUAAGGGGAAUAAGCAUUCAAUCAAUACUUUCUGUGAUGCAAUCAAAUUAUCUUGUCAGUCGAGAGAUUACCUGUUCACAGGGAGGUUCCAUACAGAUUGCAGGGAGGCUUCUCAGUCCACUUGCAAUGACUGAAAUUUGAAAUGUAAAUCUUAGUAUUACCUGGUACUCCCUUCUUUUUGAGGGGAAGGGAGGCAAAGUGAGUUAGCGCUAAUGUACCUCAUCCACCAUGUAUUGAUCGGAUAUAACGGCAUAGUUUUAGUCAUCUCUUUCUUUUGUGUAACAAUCUACUUCUAUUGUGCGUGCUAGAACAUAAGUUUCAUUUGAAAAAAGGAAUGCAAGAAAGAUAUAACGUGUAC